GGAUGAUCAGCCGUGAUCAUAUUGAAUGGCGAAUGGUGCAGGCUGGAAGGGCCGAAUGGCCUCUACUCCUGCACCUGUUGUCUGUUGUUAAAUGUGAAAUGUUGGUGUACUAAGGUGUGAUUUGUUUUGUCUCCCCAGCAGGAAGCUGGCCAGUACCCCCUGAUGUGGAACCCGUAUCUGACCCUGCCCCUGCUCCUCUGGCCCCUGGCCUGGGGGUACAGCUACCGAAACUGCAUGGAGCUAUCCGGACGGGAGUCUCCCGGGAGCUUCCAGUGCGUGCACCGUUUCCUGAGCCGGGUGUCGGCCGCCGUCUCCGAUCUUCCCGCCAACGCCUCCCAUCUCAACGUGUCCUACAAUCGUAUCCAGACCCUGAGUCCCGGAGAUUUUAGCCGCCUGCCCCGUCUGCUGACCCUGCGGCUGGACUUCAACUGGAUCCGGGAGAUCGGGCCGGGAGCUCUGGACAAUUUGACCGGUUUGUUGACGCUGAAUUUGUCGUUCAACAUCAUCUCCAGGCUGGGCCGCUCGGACUUCCUGGGCCUGGUCAGCCUGACCGACCUCCUGCUCCAACACAACCGCCUGUCCGCCCUUGACCCCGGCUCCCUGGCCCCGCUCGCCAACCUCCAGGACCUUGUCCUCCACAACAACCGCCUGUCCGAUUUCUCCCAGCUGACGGCCGCCGUCUCCGACUUGAGCCGUUUGGCCCGGCUGGAGUUGGGCCGGAACCGGCUGGUCACUCUCCGCCCCUCCCCCGCGUCCCUGCCCCCGUCCCUCCGCGUCCUGGGCCUGUCCGCCAACUCCCUGGUCUCGCUGGACGCCAGGCCGGGGCUGUUGGCCCGAGUGGCCGUGCUUGACCUCUCCGACAACCGGCUGGGCCAGGCCGCCGACUUCUCCCGGCCCGAUCUGCGCGGAGUCCGGUGGCUGGUGGUCAGUGGGAACCCCCUCAACGUGUCGGCCUUCUUGGCCAGCGCCUGGCUUGACCCGCGGAGGGUGGACUACUCCGGCCUCGGGCUUCGUGGUCAGCAGGGCCUGGCGGACCUGUGUCGCCACCCUGGGCCUCGGACCAUGAGGCGCCUGGUUCUCAGGGACAACCACAUCUCCCACCUGGGGCCUGGUUACCUGAAUGGCUGCCCGACCAUCCUGGAGUGGGACCUGUCCCGCAACAACCUGACCUCUGUCGGAUGCCUGCAGUUCGACUCCAGGCGGGGGGGCGUCUCGUUCACAAUCGAACACAACAGGAUCAAAUCCCUCUACCGCUGCCCGGGGGCCGUGAGGGGGGAGGAGGCCCUCAGACCAAAUCUAGGCCCAGGUCUAGGCCCAAAUCUAGGCCCAGGCAUCAGCCCAAAUCUAGGCCCAGGCAUCAGCCCAAAUCUAGGCCCAGGCCUCGGCCAAAAUCUAGGCCCAGGCCUCAGCCAAAAUCUAAGCCCAGGCCUCAGCCCAAAUCUAGGCCCAGGCCUCAGCCCAAAUCUAGGCCCAGGCAUAGGCCCAAAUCUAGGCCCAGGCCUCAGUCCAAAUCUAGGCCCAGGCCUUAGUCCAAAUCUAAGCCCAGGCCUCGGCCCAAAUCUAGGCCCAGGCCUCGGCCCAAAUCUAGGCCCAGGCCUCGGCCCAAAUCUAGGCCCAGGCCUCAGCCCAAAUCUAGGCCCAGGCCUCAGCCCAAAUCUAGGCCCAGGCCUCAGCCCAAAUCUAGGCCCAGGCCUCAGCCCAAAUCUAGGCCCAGGUCUCAGCCCAAAUCUAAGCCCAAAUCUAGGCCCAGGCCUCAGUCCAAAUCUAGGCCCAGGUCUAGGCCCAGGCCUCAGCCCAAAUCUAGGCCCAGGUCUAGGUCCAAAUCUAGGCCCAGGUCUCAACCCAGGUCUAGGCCCAGGCCCGGGCCUCUUCCCCAACCUCACCUUCCUCUCCUUCCGCUACAACCGCAUCUUCACCAUCUACCCCGGCGCAUUCGCCCACGCCCCGGCCCUGCGGACCCUGCUGCUCAACGUCAACAACGUGGCGGUGUUGAAGAGGGGGGCCUUCUCCGGCCUCCCCGCCCUGCGCCUGCUCCGGCUGGACAACAACCUGAUCACCGACGUCUACGCCGACACCUUCCGCCGCCUGCCGUCCCUGCGGCGGCUCAACCUGCGCAACAACCGCAUCUCCGUCAUCUUCGGCGGCGUCUUCUCCGGCCUGGCCCGGCUGGAAAUCCUGGACCUGGGCGGCAACAAGAUCAGCCGGCUGGGCAACGAGUCGUUCCGCGGGCUGGCCGGCCUGACAAAGCUGUACCUGGACGGCAACUACAUCGGGCGGGUGGACCGCGGGAUAUUCGCUCCCUUGCCCGGUCUGGGCGUUCUGGAUCUAGCCAGGAAUUUGAUCCGUUACAACAGCGCAGCGGUGGUGGUCUCCCCCUUCCUAGGCCUCAGCAAACUCCGCCACCUCAAACUCCAGGCCCAGCAGCCUUACGGGAUCAACAUCGUCCCCCCGGGAUUCUUCGACGGCCUGGUGGCCCUUCAGUCCCUCUACAUCGGGGGCAAUAAGAUGUCCCUGGCCAAGGAUGUCUUCAAGGAUCUGUCCAACCUGACGGAGUUGUCCAUGCCCGAUGCGUGCAACGGCGUGCACUCCCUAGGCCCCGGAGUAUUCAGGAACCUCCAGAACUUGGAGGGGUUGGAUCUGGAGAACACGGGACUGCAAUCCAUGUCCCUGGACAUGGUGGGCAACCUGUCCAGCCUCAGGGUGUUGCUGUUGGCGAAGAACGCCAUCGAGGCGGUCCCUCGAACUGUGCUCGAACAUCUCCCGGCCCUCAGCUACCUGGACGUGCGGAAAAACCCCUUCACCUGCACCUGCCGGAAUACCUGGUUCCUCAACUGGUCCCUGGCCGACCCCGACACUCAGGUGGUCUACUUCUACAACAACACCUGUGCCGAACAGCCCGACGAAUACCUGUAUCGUUUCGAUGCCCGCGUUUGCUACCAGGACCUGGGCAAGCUGGUGUUCCAGGCCACCUUCCCGCUCCUGCUGGCCUUCAUCGUGUUUCCGAUUGUAUACGCCAAUGGUUACUGGCACCUCAAGUACGGUUUGUACAUUCUCCGCUCGUGGCUGAGCGACCUGCGGGCGAGAGAGGCCCGCGCCGGCUCCUACAAGUUCGAUGCCUUCGUCUCCUACAACUCGCUGGACGAGGAGUGGGUUUUGUCGGAGCUGGUGCCCGCACUAGAGGCCGACGGUGGGCCCCGGGCCUGCCGGCUCUGCCUGCACCACCGGGACUUUGAGCCGGGGAAGUACAUCGUGGACAAUAUCGUGGACAGCAUCUACCAGAGCAGGAAAACCAUCUGCGUGGUGAGCCGGGCCUACCUGGGCAGCGAAUGGUGCUCCAUGGAGUUGCAGCUGGCCAGCUAUCGGCUGUUCCAUGAGCUGAAGGACGUGCUGGUGCUGGUUUUCCUCGAGCACAUCCCCCAGGCAGAGCUGUCGGCCUACCACAAGAUGAGGAAGGUGGUGAAGAAGAGGACUUAUCUCCAGUGGCCCACGGACCGCGAUGGUCAGAAGCUCUUCUGGGUGAAGGUGAGAGACGCCAUCAGAGGCCCCAACGCCCCCGAGGAGAUCAGCCCUUCCGUUGGGCCUCAAUAGAGCAAAGAAAUAAUGACGAGAUGGACUACAGCAAGCAGAUCACUCAACAAACAGACAACAGACAAUAGACAAUAGACAAUAGGUGCAGGAGUAGAGGCCAUUCUACU